CUCCCACUACAUGAUAAAAAAGAACACAAAGAUUCUCUCUCUCUGUAAUAUGGGCACGUGCUAUGUUCUUUUCCAACGAAACCCAUCUCUCACUGUACAAAACUCUUUCAAAUCCAAAACCAUUCUUGCUUAGGAGAAAUCUCAUUCACUCUUCUUCUUCUCUCUUCUCUCUUCCAAUGGAGUUUCUCACCACCAAAGAUCAAUCCUUUCUUGAUCAACCCAUGGCUUCACUUCGAAGCUUCUUUCUCAUCACCCUCUUCUUCUUUGUCUCUCCAAGCUCAAGCCAAGCCUGGGACGGUGUAGUGAUCACACAAGCUGAUUACCAAGGCCUCCAAGCUGUUAAACAAGAGUUUAUUGACCCAAGAGGGGUCUUGAGAAGCUGGAACGGUUCAGGCUUCACCGCUUGCUCUGGAGGUUGGGCUGGAAUCAAAUGUGCUCAAGGCCAAGUCAUAGUGAUUCAGCUCCCAUGGAAGUCUCUUGGAGGUAGAAUCUCUGAGAAGAUAGGACAGCUUCAAGCUCUUCGUAAACUUAGUCUUCAUGACAACAAUCUUGGAGGCUCGAUUCCUUUGUCUUUAGGACUCAUUCCUAAUCUCAGAGGAGUUCAGCUUUUCAAUAACCGUCUUACCGGCUCCAUCCCUGCUUCUCUUGGUGCUUCUCGUUUCCUUCAGACACUUGAUCUCAGUAAUAACUUGCUGUCUGAAGCUAUUCCACCGAGUCUUGCUGAUUCCACUAAGCUUCUUAGGCUUAACCUCAGCUUUAACUCACUCUCUGGUCAGAUCCCAGUGAGUCUCACUCGUUCCUCUUCUCUUCAGUUUCUUUCCCUUGACCAUAACAAUCUCUCUGGUCCUGUCUUAGACACUUGGGGUAAUAGUAAUAAAAACACUUCUCCUAGUCUCCGUGUCUUGUCUCUUGACCACAACACUCUCUCUGGUCCAUUCCCUCUUUCACUUUGCAACUUACUUGACCUACAAGUCUUUUCCUUUAGUCAUAAUAGGAUCAGUGGAACCCUACCUCCCCAGCUAAGCAAACUCACUAAGCUUAGAUUAAUGGAUGUUGCCAGUAAUAGUAUUAGUGGCCAGAUUCCUGAAACCUUAGGGGACAUUGCUUCUCUUACACAUUUAGAUUUGUCUCAAAACAAACUCACCGGAGAGAUUCCUGUUUCCAUCACUGAUCUCAAAAGCCUUAGCUUCUUCAAUGUCUCUUACAACAACUUAUCUGGUCCUGUUCCUACUCUCUUGUCCCAAAAGUUCAACUCCACCUCCUUUGUCGGAAACCUAGAGCUUUGUGGAUACAGUGAUUCUACACCAUGUCCUACUAUAACCCCUCCUUCACCGUCUCCUAGCAAAUCAUCUGGAAGGAAUCUGAGUACUAAAGACAUCAUCCUCAUUGCUUCUGGAGCACUCCUCAUAGUUAUGUUUAUCCUUGUGCUUGUUCUCCUCUGUUGCUUGCUGAGGAAGAAACCAGAUAAGUCCAAACCUAAAGGCCUAGAGGCUGGAUCUGGAGCUGCAACUGCAGCUGCGAAGACUGAGAAAGGAGGAGAAGCUGAAGCUGGAGGUGAAACAGGAGGGAAGCUUGUUCACUUUGAUGGGCCAUUGGCGUUUACAGCUGAUGAUCUUCUGUGUGCAACAGCUGAUGUCAUGGGGAAAAGCACUUAUGGAACAGUUUACAAAGCUACACUUGAAGAUGGAAGUCAAGUUGCAGUGAAGAGACUGAGAGAAAAGAUCACUCGAGGUCAGAAAGAGUUUGAAAAUGAGAUUAAUGUAUUGGGAAGAAUCAGACAUCCGAAUCUCCUUGCACUCAGAGCUUAUUACUUAGGACCCAAGGGAGAGAAGCUUGUGGUCUUUGAUUACAUGUCUAGAGGCAAUCUUGCCACAUUCCUCCAUGCUAGAGGACCAGAAGUUCAUAUCAACUGGCCUACAAGGAUGAGGUUAAUAAAAGGAAUGGCUCGUGGUUUGUUCUACCUUCAUACACACGCAAACCUCAUCCACGGAAACCUAACAUCAAGCAAUGUACUUCUAGAUGAGAACAACAACGCGAAGAUCUCAGAUUACGGUCUCUCAAGACUCAUGAUAACAGCAGCAGGAUCAAGCGUGAUUGCCACGGCUAGUGCAUUAGGUUACAGAGCACCAGAGCUCUCUAAGCUGAAGAAAGCCAACACCAAGACCGAUGUGUAUAGCCUCGGUGUGAUCAUACUAGAGCUUUUGACUGGGAAGUCACCAAGCGAGGCCUUGAACGGUGUGGAUUUGCCUCAGUGGGUUGCUACUGCGGUUAAAGAAGAGUCUACUAAUGAGGUUUUUGAUGUGGAGUUGUUGACUGAUGUGAACACUAUGGGUGAUGAGUUGUUGAAUACGUUGAAACUGGCUUUGCAUUGUGUUGAUCCUACACCAUCAACGAGACCUGAAGCUCAGCAAGUUAUGACACAACUUGGAGAGAUUAGACCUGAAGAGAUGGAAGCAGCAGCAGCAACAUCUGAACCGUUGAUUGAUCUUCCUGAAGCUUCUGCUUCCACAAGUCGGUAGAAAAGGAAUGGAGAGUUUUGCAGAGUAGUAGUAGACUUUAUUUUAUUUGCAAUUCUUUGAUUCUCCAAGUAGUGUGUUUCUUGUUUUAUUUCAUUUAUGUCUUUAAACCAUUUCUUAAUCAGUUUGUGUUUGUAAAUACUGUAAGCUUGAUCAUAACAGAGUUCUCUGUUUUCUUCUAAUUGGCA